AUGGGGAUCUCCAAUCAAACACUUCCAAGUUGGUUCAUCCUGCUUGGAUUAUCUACUGUCCCUCACCUCCAGGUUUUAGGGUUUCUUGUAUUUUUGGUGAUGUACAUUAUCACAUUGGCAGGAAAUUGUCUUCUUCUCAUUACAGUAAGGAUUAGCCUUGCUUUACACACCCCAAUGUACUUCUUCCUGAGCAAUCUCUCUUUUAUUGACAUCUGUUUCUCCUCCACCAUAGUUCCUGUGAUCCUGAUAAAUACUCUCUCCACAGACAAGAGUAUUUCAGUGGGGGGUUGUGUUUUCCAGAUGUUCUUCUCAUUAAUACUUGGAGCAGCAGAAUGUAUCUUACUUGCUGUCAUGGCUUAUGACAGGUUUGUUGCGGUUUGCAGACCAUUGCACUACAGCAGUAUUAUGAACAUGAGAUUUUGCACUGUUUUAGUCCUAAUACCAUGGAUUGUUGGUUUUAUAGACUCCUGCAUUCAAGUGUCACUCACCUGGACACUUCCCUUCUGCAGAACUCAUCAUGUCAACCAUUUUAUUUGUGAAAUGCCUCCCUUCUUAAGACUGUCCUGCAGAGAUCCUCAGCUUAAUGAAACAGUAAUGUAUGUAGCAGCCGGGAUCAUUGUUUUAUGUUCUUUCGUGUUGACUUUGAUUUCCUAUAUUUUUAUUCUCACUGCCAUUUUAAAGAUUCGUUCUUCACAAGGAAGACGUGCAGUUUUUUCUACAUGCACCUCCCACCUCACUGUGAUCGCUCUCUAUUAUGGAACCAUUAUGUCUAUAUAUCUUCAGCCUCCAUCUUCGCACUCUCUGGAGAGACAAAAGAUCGUUUCUAUUCUCUACACGGUGGUUACUCCAAUGUUGAAUCCCAUCAUUUACAGCAUCCGAAAUAAGGAUGUUAAGAAAUGUAUAAUAAUGAAUAUUAAAAAAACAUGCAAAACUGUCUAA